CGGUACAAACUACAAAUCAAAACGAACACGGGUUGAGGUUACUCCAUUUUGUUAUUCGUCGUGGUAUACUUUUUUGUAGUGUUUGUCUCUGUUUAGUAGUAAGCUUGGUGGUUUUCUGUAAACAUUUGAUAUAAGUAUCGAAAAGAUUGUGUAAAACUAGUUAUUUUGAAGGAACAUUUCAUAAUUAAAAGAAUAAUGAGUUCUCGACAUAGAGACAGAAGCCGAUCACGGUCUCGUGAUCGUGAUCGUCUUAAGGACAGGGAUAAGGGACGGGAACGGGACCGGGAUAAAGAUAGGGAGAGAGAAAGGGACCGGGACCGUGAUAGGGAUCGAGAACGCGACAGGGACCGCGAUCGAGACCGUGACAGAGACCGAGAGAGAGAUAGAGAUCGCGAUCGAAACAGGGACCGGGAGAGAGACCGGGAUCGAGAUAGAGAGCGUCAUCGGUCUAAGAGGGACAAAGAUCGUGAUAGAAGCCGCAGCCGUGAUCGCCAUAAAGAAAAGAGACGCAGUCGCUCUCGAAGCCGUAGUAGGAGUCGCGGCAGAAAAUCAAAAGACAGGGAUGGUACAAUAGCUUUACUGGAUCAAAUGGUGGGCACCACUACCAAGGCGACGGCUCGCCAGGUGGCCGUUCCCACCUCCAUGAACCCAGCAACACAAGCCGCCAUACUGGCAGCAGCAGCCGUGGCUCAGACGUUUGUGGCUCAGCGGCGGCUGGCGGCGCCCGUGCAGCCCGCGGCGGCGGCGGCGGCAGCCCUGUCCGCGGCCACCGCCAUCCCGCCGCCCACCUCUGUACAGCAGAAGCUGGAGCUGCUGCAGGCGCGCACUGAGGGACGGUACCGCGACAAGCAACCUCCCGACCACCAUCCGGACGACGACCACGACGACGGACAAGGUCCUCCCGGGGAGACGGCGGCCGAGCGUCGGGCCCGGCGGCGCCGCACUCGCUGGAUGGGCUCCGAGCACGACAAGACCUUCAUCCCGGGCCUGCCCACCGUGCUGCCCUCCACGCUCACUCGCGAGCAGGAGGAGCAAUAUCUACUUCAGCUGCAGAUCGAGGAGGUGAGCCGCAAGCUGCGCUCGGGCGACCUCGGCAUCCCGGCCAGCGUGGACGAGAGGUCGCCCUCGCCCGAGCCGAUCUACUCCACGGACGGCAAGAGGCUGAACACGCGCGAGUACCGCACGAGGCGGAAACUCGAGGAGGAGAGACACCGGCUCGUCACCCGCAUGCAUCAGAUCAACCCCGAGUUCAAGCCGCCGCCCGACUACAAGCCGCCCAUCGUCCGUGUGCACGACAAGGUGAUGAUCCCUCAGGAGGAACACCCCGACAUCAACUUCGUGGGUCUGCUCAUCGGCCCGCGAGGCAACACGCUCAAAGCGAUGGAGAAGGAGACCGGCGCCAAGAUCAUAAUAAGAGGAAAGGGCUCCGUGAAGGAGGGAAAAGUCGGCAGGAAGGACGGCCAGCCGCUGCCCGGGGAAGACGAGCCUCUGCACGCCUACAUCACCGCCACCAACGCCGACUGCGUCAAGAAGGCCGUCGAGAAGAUCAAGGAGGUGAUCCGUCAGGGUGUGGAGGUGCCCGAGGGACAGAACGACCUCCGCCGCAUGCAGCUGAGGGAACUGGCGCAACUCAACGGGACUCUCAGGGAGAGCGACUCGCCGCGCUGCGCCAACUGCAGCGCCGCCGACCACAAGACGUGGCUCUGUCCGGACAAGCCGAACGUGACGAACAGUAUCGUGUGUUCAUCGUGCGGCGGCGCGGGACACAUCGCGCGCGACUGCCGCGCCAAGAGACCGGGACACGCGCCGCCCGCCCUGCAUCACGACAAGGCUAAGAUCGACGAGGAGUACAUGUCGCUGAUGGCGGAGCUGGGGGAGGCGCCGCCCGGGGUCGGCGGAGUCACCGGCCCGUCCGCCGCGGCCGCUCGACGCACGCACGGACCCUUCGCCCCCGCGCCGCCGCCGCGGGCUAUCAUGCCGGCUCCCGGGAACAUGGGCGGCUUCCACGCGAUGACUCACCCUCCUCACCCGCCGCACCCCCCGCAUCCUCCGCCGCACGCUCCCUGGCUCGGCGCGGUGUCCACUGGAGCGUCCGUGAGCGCGGCUCAGCCCCCGCCGCCCGGCAGCGCGCCGCCCUUCCCUCCGCCGCCGCCGCACCAGGCUGACGGCACUCUCCCGCCGGGUUCUUCGCCGCACCUGCCGCCGCCGCCAGGUAUGCUGGCCGGUGGUCCGUGGCGCGGGUUCGCUCCCCCGCCGCCCUGGGCGGCUCCUCCCCCCGCCGCCCUGUUCGCUCCGCCGCCGCCGCCCCCGCCGGUCUCCUCCGCAUAAAGACACUCCCACACGGACUCUCUCACACUCUAGAACACUUGUGCUACCCGAGGGUAGUUUUCCCCUGUAUGUAUUGUAUGGGUCACUAACUCUUCAAAGCGCUCGGCCGGCCGCGGAGUCGUGGUGUUUUCGUCCUGAGCUUUUCUUUGUGAUUAUUUGAUGUUUAUUUCUGGAAUCUAUUCGUAUCGUCGAUUUAUAAAUUAGAUGAGGAACCUGUCACCGAGUCGUAGCGCGUGUAAUAUGUUACAAUAUUCGCCAGGCCUGGCCCGGCCUGGCCCGGCCGCCCUACUGAUGAUUUCUUGUUUCUCUAGCGACCAUAAUAUAUAAUAUAAUAAUUA